CAUUGCUGCUCCAGGUGUCAUCAGCCGAAAAUUGACAGCUGUUUUGAAACGCCAAGCCAUGAAUUAGAAACUUUCCGAAAAAAACCUAAAAAUCAAGUCAAUAUCAAGUCCUAAAAAAAAAUCAAGUCCCCCUCCCACCGCCAAACAACAUAUCGGAUAUGAGGUCUGCGUCGAAGCUGUUGUCGGCAGGAGGUCGCACCUUCUGCAGGGAGUCGAAGACGACCGCACUCACCGAGUCUGACCCGAGGGCACCGCCCAAUGGCUUCGACGACCUCAGGUCGUUCAUCAGGGCGAGCAAGACCACUUUCAGGAACGCCAUCGACUCGGCCCAACCGAGCGAGGAGGGACACGCCACCGUCUACACGGACUCGUACGCAAAGCUCAACUCUGGCAUAACUAUGCUCAAUAGGCAGAUCAGCGGUCAGCUGAAAAGGAACGAGGUCGUUGCCAAAAUGCUAGUGAACGUGGCUGACAAGCUGGCCACCUCCGGAGAGACGAUACGCACCGAGCCGUUCAUGACGAAGGGCGAGGCGAUGAAGCGGACCUGGGACGACGUCUGCAACGAGAUGAGCAAGCGAUGCACGGAGCUCGAGGACAAAGACGGCGUCUGCAAGAGGGAGAAGGACGAGAUCAACGUCAUCGUCAAGACGAUAGUCAACAAGGGGACGUCCGCCGCCAAGGAGAUUCAAAAUAGGAUUGAAGUACUUUCUGAAACCGAUGAGGAGGACAAGUGAUGUUUUUUUUAUAAUAAAAAUUUUUGAUUUUGUCGGUUUAUUGUUUUGUUUUUUAAAUUUUUACCACAUGUUAUUUCCCGGAUAGCAUCAAAUUGGCAUAAAAUGCAUUUCGGCUUUUAGAAAAAAAACUGUUAAAUUUCCCAGUGGGCCUCUGUUAAUUUUUUCUUUGUAAAAAAGCAAAAAGUUCAAAAAAACCAAAUAAAGACUUAGGCCUGUUUCCUUUCUCACACCACCGAUCAAAUUUUGCGUCAUGGAAGAGGCCAAGUUCGCCAGCAUCGAGGAGGAGGCGGCCUAUUACGAGAAGAACCGCCUCAGGAUCGAGAUGAAGCUGAAGAGGAUCGAGGAGAUGAUAGAGGAACAGGUAAAGAAGAACCACGAGGACAAGGCCAAGUACGGGACGGUGAUGGCUAAGCUGAAGACGAGCCGGAAGCCCGACAACAAGGACUGUGCCCCGACGCUACAGUCUUCAGAAGACGGGCUCGAUAAGACGGACGUCAACAAAUAAACUGAGAUGCUUUUUGUA